GUGGUAGUCCGACCUUCAACAGAGACUCCAUCGUAUCCGUACUUCUCCCUUCUUCGGCUUUCCAUCUUCUCUUCUCAUCUCACAGCUGUGCUGCCUUCCAUUCUGUUCCCUGCACUAUAUAGCUUGUAGUAUAUAUUCUUUCUUCACAACACCUCUUACCUUCCUCGCCAGCCAAGAUGUUCUUCAAGACCGCCUUCAUCUUCUCCCUGGCUGUGUCCGCCCUUGCUCUGCCUGCGUCUAGCGACAGCCGCAGGGUCAAGAGAGCCGAUGUUCUCAAGUCUCAGAGUUACGCCGACUUCCAGGUCUCAGACGGUGUGGCUGGAAACGCCCUCGCCGAAGUCAAUGCCAACUUCCCCAUCGACGCAACCGACCUAGCCAACGUCUCCGACAACGACGAGGACAUCAUCAACGCGGCCCGGAAGACGGCCGAGGCGGCCGAGACCGACGCGGGCGGCUUCAACGACGCCAUCGACGCUGCGGGGGGCACCAAGACGGCGGCGGGCAAGGCCCUGCAGGUGGGCAAGAUCAAGAACAAGGUGCUGAAGCUGCAGCUCGAGGUGCUGGCCCUGCAGAUCGCCCAGGCCAAGGGCGGCAAGGACAACUCGGCCAAGAUCACGCAGGAGCAGACAAAGCUGCAGAAUAACAUCAAGCUCGACACCGGGGCCAAGGGCCAGGCUAGCCAGAGCGUCGACUUCAAGGGCUGAUGAUGCACUUGUUGUAUCUUGCUUUGGGGACGGAAGAAGAAGCGCUUUCCUGGUCGUUCGGGCGAGAAGGAAAGCCAUGCUGAGAGGUUUUAGGCCAGCCGGCUCAGCGAAGGGACAAACUUGGAUUUGGCAGGAACUGCCUUGGUAGGGAAAUGGGAAAUACCAUUGG